UUUAAUUAAAAAUGUUACAGUAAUAAUAUGAUGGUUUUUGAUUAUAUAUUAUUAUAUUUUUUUUAAUAUGUCUUUAAGAUUGGUAUAUAGUAAUGUAUUCUUGAUUUAAAUAAAAAUAUUACUAAGAUGUAUUUGUAUAGCAGUGAAUAAAAGGUGUCUUUAAUAUUGGUAUUGGUUGGCAUCCUCUUUUUAUGUAUAUCCCUUUAUAGAAAAUAAGCGAGUGAAAAUAAUGAUUUUAUAAUAUUAAAUUAAAAUUUCAAUUCUAAAAAAAUGUAUCUAGUUUUUGAAAAUUUUUUAUAAAGCUUAAAAUAUAUGUUAUUUAUUGUACACACACACACACCCACACACAUAUUAGUUAUGAUUAAUUAUUUUGCUAUUUAUUUAUUACAAUAUAUCAGCGGUUCUCAAACUGUGUGAGAGUAAUCUAGGGGCUCCGUGGCUCCCUGAGGAUAUCUGUAUUAAUUAAAUUUAAAUUAUUAAAUUAUUAUUAUAUUUCUUAGUUACAUUUUUAUUUUUAUAAUCAAUAUUAUUUGGACCGUACCAAUAUUUAUUAUUUUAAACGUUUAAAACUUUAAAAUAUUUAUAAAUAUAUAUAUUUAUAUAUCUCGACUAUUGAGCACAAGACUGUUCACAAUUUUGUGUGAAGAUAUGGGAAGUGUGCACAAAUCGCUACUUUACCAUACCGAAGUAAGAUGGCUUUCUCGGGGAAAAACACUUGUACGCUUACUCGCAUUGCGCAAUGAAUUGUACAUUUUUUUCACCGAUCACCCAUUUAAUUUACUUACUGAUAAAAUUUGGUUAUUUCGACUUAGUUACUUGGCUGAUAUUUUCACAAAAUUAAAUGAAGUGAACUUAUCAAUACAAGGUAAAAUUACCAUCGUUUUCACGACAAAUGAAAUUCGAGCUUUAAAAAAAAAAAUUAAUUUUUGGGCUGUGUGUUUUUCUCAAUAUAAAAUUGAUAGUUUUCCUUUGUUAAAGGAAUAUUUAAAAUCGAUUGAUGGUACUAUUGAAGAUUUUGAUGAAAUAUAUGGCGAAAUUGAACAACAUUUAAAUGAAAUACUAUCGUCAUUAGAAAAAUAUUUUCCAGAAAGUAAAGAUAUAGAAUUUAUCCAACGAUAUAAUUGGGUUAAAAACCCGUUUUUAAUCAAUGAUAAGCCCGAAGAUUUAUCUAUAACGGAAUUUUUGGUGCAGUAGCAGUAUUACUAACGAAUAUCAAUCUCUGGCUAAAAAAGCUAUCUUAGCACUUCUUCCUUUUGCAACAACAUAUCUGUGAAACCGGAUUUUCAUCAUAUGCAUCAACGAAAACCAAAUAUCGUAAUAAAUUGGAUGCUGAAGCAAAUAUGCGCAUUCAACUCUCGCCUAUCAAGCCAAAUAUAAAAAUACUGGUCAAUAAAAAAAGCCAACAUCAUGGAUCACAUUAAUAAAUAAAUAAAUUUCUAAAAUAUUAUGUUCUUUUUUCUUAUUAAAUUAAUAUUAAUUGAAUAAUUUGUAUAUACUCGUAUUUCACAGAAAAUAAAAAUAAAAAGCAAAUCAUUUACAAUUGACAUCAUUUUUUUAUGAAUUUUUGUUGUCUCAUAUAGACAUUUCUGAUUUUUGGGGCUCCGUAAUUUUUUUUAGAAAUAUAAGGGCUCCGCGAACAAAAAAGUUUGAGAACCGCUGCAAUAUAUAAAACAAAAAAUAUGAUCUUAUUGAUUUUGACUGUUACAUUUAUCUGUUUUUUAUGUAAUACCUAUAUUCUGUAAAUUUAUA